AUAGUCGGCGGAUGAGGGCGCCUCACCGCCUUCAGACACCCACAUACUUUCUCUCUGUAGUGCGUAUGCGCGUCCCUUUCAACGGAACUAGAUGAUGAGCGCCAAAUAAGACAAAAACCUUCAACGGUAAAAGUUCGCCCUCCGAUUUAGUAAUUCGGUGAUGUGAAAACCUCGAGUGGAGAGAUCUUUACACGUUACAGGCCGAAGGGGAAGCUGCAGGAGUCGUUCCUGUUGGAGCUGGCGCUGAUCAUCAAAUGACCAACUUAUGAAAAGUCGAUCUGGGCUGUUCUUGCAGUUUCUCAGUUCGAAACUUCGUAACAACAUCAUGGCUGUCUCCCUCUCCUCCAGCGUUUUGAUCAUACUCCUGAUUUCUGCUUUGGAUUGGCUGCCGCCUCCGGGAUCUGCAUUUCUCACCGACUGGGACCACACAAUAUCAUCAGCUACCCUUGAGCCUCACUUCACAGACUGCAUUUCGAGGGACCUAGAGACGUUUCGCUGCUGGUGGAGUCCAGGCAGCCUCCACAACCUGUCAACCCUUGGAGCGCUGAAAGUAUUUUACCUAAAGAAAGACUCUCCCAGUAGUGAGUGGAAAGAAUGUCCUGAGUACAUCCAUGACAACAGGGAGUGCUUCUUUGAUUCCAACCACACAUCUGUUUGGAUCACUUACUGUGUUCAGCUUCGUGGGCAAAACAUCACUUAUUUCAAUGAAGACGACUGUUUCACAGUGGAAAAUAUUGUGCGUCCUGACCCGCCCGUGUCACUAAACUGGACUCUGCUGAAAAUAAGCCCCUCUGGACUCAGUUAUGAUGUCUUAGUCAACUGGGAGCCCCCUCCCUCUGCAGACGUUGGCGUGGGCUGGAUGCGCAUUGAGUAUGAAAUCCAGUACAGAGAGAGGAACGCCACCAACUGGAAAGCACUGGAGAAGCAGCCGCACACUAAGCAGACAAUCUACGGCCUGCAAAUAGGAAAAGAGUACGAAGUGCAUAUCCGCUCCAGGAUGCAGGCUUUCGUUAAGUUCGGAGAGUUCAGCGACUCCAUCUUUAUUGAAGUGACGGAGAUUCCCAACAGACAUGGUUUGGUCCCAUUCACUCUGGUUGUAAUUUUUGGGAUUGUUGGUGUCCUGAUAGUCAUCUUGCUGAUUGUUAUUUCUUGGCAGCAGAGAUUAAUGAUGAUUCUCUUGCCCCCUGUUCCUGUGCCCAAAAUCAAAGGCAUUGAUUCAGAAUUGUUGAAGAAAGGGAAACUGGGGGAAUUGAAUUUCCUCCUGAAUGGUGGGGGUCUAGACGGCCUACAACCCUAUGCAAAAGAGUUGUACCAUGAGGAGCCAUGGGUGGAGUUCAUUGAGAUAGAUAAAGAGAAUGAAGAAGGCGGAGAUAAGGUGGACAACUGUAAUUCAGAUACACAGAAGCUCCUUGGUCUCCCCCACAGGAAUAUAGAUGGCUUAAGCACCAUCAGCCACCCUGACGAUGACUCGGGCCAGGCCAACUGUUAUGACACAGAUCUGCCAGAACAUGACACCCAGAUGCUCAUAGCAUCCAUGCUGCCAGGUCAACCUGAGAACCACCAGGCCUCUCUGGAUGCCCCAGCCUCAGAAACAGGUGAAAGGCAUCUCAUCCAAACUCAAAUUGAGGGGCCACAGACUUGGGUCAACACAGACCUAUAUGCCCAGGUCAGCAAUGUUAUGCCAUCUGGGGGGGUGGUGCUGUCCCCUGGCCAGCAACCUAAAAUCCAGGAGAACACCACAGGUUCAGAGAGGGAAACACAGAAAGGAGGGAAGAAAAGUGAAGACUGUGAAGACAAUGAGGGCAUCGAAGAUUGGAAGAAAAUUGAGCCCCAGUUUCAGCUGCUUGUAGUGGUUCCAGAGGGAAGCGGCUCCACCACCAAAAACAAUGCCCAGCAGACCAGCACUCCCCCCAACUCUCCUGUGCCUGGGCCAGGGUACCAAACCAUACAGCCUCAGCCAAUGGAGACCAAACCUGCAGCCAUGACAGAUGGCAGUCAGCCAACAUAUAUUCUCCCUGAGUCUCCCCAGUCUCAGCUCUUUACCCCUGUUGCAGACUACACAGUGGUGCAGGAGUUGAACAUGCAUCACAGUUUGCUCCUGAACCCACCUCCCAGUCAUUCUCCAUCCUUGUGCCAGCCACAGCAUCCCCUCAAAGCUCCAAUGCCUGUAGGAUACAUCACCCCAGACCUGCUGGGAAACCUUGUACCAUGAGUGAACAGCACCAUCAGACCUUAACUACAGGCUUAGUUGACAGAAAGUCAGUAUGCAUUGGCCCUACCUGAAUCCUGAUGGAAAACAAAAUAAAUUCUUAAAAACCUGCAGCACACUGGAUUAAUAAGUGUGUGCAGGUAUUCAGAGGAUACUCAAGGGGAGAUAUACAGGUAAAUCUCAAUAAAUUAUAAUCUAAUUAAAAACUGAAUUAAUUAAUUUCACCAAUUCAAUGCAAAAUUUAUUCAAAUAAAGUCAAAUAUUAAUGGAUUGAUUUCACACAGAAAUAUCUAUUUAUUUGAUUAAUUUGAUCAUUAUUACUUAGAGCUAAUGACAGACAGAAAAUCUUAAUAUUGUAUAAUUUAAUUAUUAUCUGUUGGUCUGUUGUAAUAUUAAACAUUUUUUAAGAACCUGGA